AUGAGACUCUUGGCCCUACCUGUCGUAGCCGCCUUGAUGGCAACUUCGGUAGAGGCCAUCAACAAAGAUGCCCCGCCAAGGGUUGACCCAACUCUGACCGAGGGCUGGCUCUGGAAGAACCUGCUCAAGUCUAGCGAGAUCGCGGCGUUUGACGGGUCGUGCGAGGCCGUCAAGCAAUUCAAGAUGUACGAGUACAGCCUGCACGAGUUGAUGGAGCCAGCUCCCCGGGGUCUGAAGCAGUGGGCUGGAGGGCUCAAGAAACUCUUCUCACAACGCGAGUACCCUGGAGGCUGGUCGGGAUUCGACCGCCACGGGUACGACCGCGCUGUCCUCCGGAUGGACUACACAGACAUCCCACUGGCAGUCCGUGAAUGGAUUGAGGAGCAAGAGCGGACAAAUGGGCCGGGCAAGGGAUACUUUGGAGUAUUUGAGAAACCCAAGUCAGACGAUGAUGAUGUGGACGACGUGGUUGCAGUGCCAAGUGCCAGUAAGGUGGACAGAAGCCAGGACGAAAACCGGGUAGCGAUCUUCGCACCGGGAGUCAUCUACCAUACUCUUCCCCUUUGGGCGGCUGAGGACAGUGAAUGCAAAGACGACUUGCUUGACUUGACCAAGUACAAGCCUGAGGUUGCAGAGGGGAACGUGGUAGGUUGGGCUGAGCACAAGUCGCCGGGCUUCGAUAACAAGGCCGAGUUUAAGGUGACUGCACGAGCGCUAAAGGCAAAGACCAAGAGUGCCGAAGAGAAGGAAGCAAAGAGUGCUGAAGGAAAGGAGGAGCUGUGA